UUCUGGUCACCUCGAACCCUGAUGCUUUUUGGAAUGAGCACGUGUGGCAGGAAGGCUUUGACUCUGCUCAGCAGUGUGUUUGCUGUCUGUGGCUUGGGCCUCUUAGGAAUUUCUGUUAGCACUGACUAUUGGCUCUACCUGGAAGAAGGAAUCAUCCUGCCUCAAAAUCAGUCCACUGAAAUCAAAAUGUCACUGCACUCUGGGCUCUGGAGGGUCUGCUUCCUGGCAGGUGAGGAGCGUGGCCGAUGUUUCACUAUAGAAUAUGUCAUGCCCAUGAACGUGCAGCUGACAUCUGAAUCAACAAUAAAUGUUUUAAAGAUGAUUCGAUCUGCCACACCAUUCCCUUUAGUCAGUCUCUUUUUCAUGUUCAUUGGGUUUAUACUGAGCAACAUUGGACACAUUCGGCCCCACAGAACCAUCCUGGCCUUUGUAUCGGGAAUCUUCUUCAUCCUGUCUGGUUUAUCUCUUGUGGUGGGGCUGGUAUUGUACAUAUCCAGCAUCAACGAUGAGAUGUUGAACAGAACCAAGGACUCUGAGACUUACUUCAGUUAUAAAUAUGGAUGGUCAUUUGCUUUCUCGGCUAUCUCUUUCCUUCUGACAGAGAGUGCCGGCGUGAUGUCCGUUUACCUGUUUAUGAAAAGAUACACCGCUGAGGAGAUCUACAGACCUCACCCUGGCUUCUAUCGCCCACGGCUUAGCAACUGCUCCGAUUACUCCGGGCAGUUCUUGCACCCAGAUGCUUGGGUACGCGGACGCAGCCCGUCUGAUAUUUCCAGUGACACUUCCCUGCAGAUGAACAGUAACUACCCUGCUCUACUUAAAUGUCCAGAUUAUGAUCAAAUGUCAUCCUCCCCGUGUUGAAUGGCAAUUAACUCCUUCAGCUACUUGUGAUGAGGAGCAA